AGGAAAAAGACCGCCAUCGAUCCUUUUACUUCGGUCAGUAAUGUCUCAGAAGAGACAUUACUCCGGCCUGACAGGAUACGUAGACAAAAGUUUAUAUAUCAAACAAUAUAUGUUUUGAAUAUACUUGAUAAAAUUGAUGGCUUUCUAUAGUGUAAAUGUUUGAACCAGCAGAGGGAGCUGACCAAUCUUCCUUCUACAAACCUCCCAUUCAUUAGAAAUGCCUAUCCCUUUUGUAGCCCAUGUCGUACAAUUCAAUUACGAUCAUGUAGUUUUGUACUGGAAAACUUAUUUAAAGGUUUUAUUUACCUUGGCUGCAAUAGGUGGCUUCAAAUUUUGGACCAUGGGUCGUUCUACGACUUGGGAGAGAAAGAUGAAUGGAAUGGUUGUAAUUGUUACAGGUGGAACUUCCGGAAUAGGAAAACGGGUUGUAGAGAAACUUGCUUUACUAGGAGCUCAUGUUGUUAUUUUGCUUCGGUCAGAGCCCGAUCAAUUUACAGUAGAUUUUAUUAUGGAUCUACGAGAGCGUUCAAACAAUCAAUUUAUUUAUUCGGAGGUAUGUGAUUUAAGUUCCAUGCUUUCCGUCAGAAAAUUCGCUACGAAGUGGAUUGACGCUUCCCCUAUUCGAAGACUGGACAUGAUUAUUCUAUGCUCAGGCUUGUCGCUGCCUCCAUAUGUGGAUCGCCAAGUCACUGCGGAGGGUGUCGAAUUACAGUGGGCAACCAACUUUCUAGGUCCUUACCAAUUGAUGCGAAUUAUGCGUCCUGUCUUAUAUGGUCAACCCGGCCACAGAGACGUACGUAUUAUCGCCGCGACCUGUUCAUCCUAUGUUUUGGGUGACAUUAAAUUUGAUGAUCUAGCUCUAGAUAAUCAUCCAUACCCUCGUUCAAGUCCCUGGAAAGUCGUAGGAAAUGCUAAGCUCGCCUUAAUGACAUAUCUUUACGACUUUCAGAAAAAGGCGCAAAAUCACGAACGCCCUGACAAUAUGCCUUGUAAUAUUCAUACCGUAAUGGUGAAUCCAGGCGUAGUUCGUACUCCCGGAUUUCGAAGAUUUAUUACUUUAGGUCGUGUUUGGGGAUUACUUUUGUACUUGCUUCUUUGGCCAUUUUGGUGGCUGAUUAUAAAGGGCACUCUGAAGGGUGCGCAAUCCUUUUUCCAUGCGAUUUGUAGUCCUGAAUUUGGUGCCACUACCGAGUAUUUGCUCGUUAACGAAUGCACCAUGAUAGAACCUUCACGAAAGGAAAUUCAGGACCCGGAGUAUGCAGAGAAGUUAAUUAAAGCAGCUGAUACCCAGAUUGAUGAAAUAGAAAAGCAGUAUAAGAAAAAGGGAGCUUCAAAGAAAGGCAAAAAAUAAUCGUGGAUAGCUUUAAAGCGGCUAAAAUUUACUGCUGUCUUCUUUUAUAUCCAUUGAGCCAUUAAUUUUAGAGUACCUAUAAACUAAGAAUACACACUACAUUCAAAAGCCUCUACUUCUCAGGAGCAAAAAUAACAUGACAAGGAUUUUGCAUUUUACAAGAUACGGGGCAAUGUUUAAGUUUUAGUUAUGAAACAGAAACAUCCAUUAUAUAAUCGAAGGAUGGAAGGGAAGGUGA